AUGGCACCGGGCCGGGCUGUGCUGGUGCUGCUGGUGGUGCUGGUGCUGAGCCCCCCGCGGGUGAGCGGGACUGCGCUGGGGCAGCCCCAGGGCGGGCAGUGGCUCUGGGGGGCGGCCGGGCGGGCGCUGCCCCUCUCCCGCGGGAAGAGGGACGAUGGUGGGCAGGACCCCGGUGCCACCGCAGCCACACCGGGGCACAGCCACGCUGCCACCGCGCUGAUCAGCAGUGACCAGCCCGAGGGCGGCUCUGUGCCACCACCAGCACCCGGCACCAAGGCCAGCCUGUUCCGGGUGCCAACCACCGCCGACCCCAUGGAUGAGACCGAUUCCCCUGAUCCCGACCUGCUGCUGAGCUCUGCAUCACCGGCACCCAGCACCAAUGCCAGCCUGCUCCGGGUGCUUGGAGCGCUAACCACAGCCGAUCCCGUGGAUGAGACUGAUUCCCCUGAUCCCGACCUGCUCCUGAGCUCUGCACCACCACCAGCAGUGCCUGGCAGCAACGUCAGCCUGCUCUGGGCACUCACAGUGUCAACCACAGCUGAUCCCAUGGAUGAGACAGACUCCCCCGAUCCCGACCUGCUGCUGAGCUCUGCAUCACAGUCCCCCAGCACCAACGCCAGCCUGAACCGGGCACUCACAGUGCCAACCACAGCCGAUCCCAUGGAUGAGACUGAUUCCCCUGAUCCCGACCUGCUGCUGGGGCCCGGCACAUCGGCUGCUCCCCAAAGGAGCGUCAGCACCACCCCCAGCUGGCUCACACCACCUGGCAGGGAGGGGACAGUGGCUGGUGGCACGGACAGCACCUCCUCCACAGGGCCACCCUCAACAGCCCCCUCAGCCCUCGGCCCCACCACCACGGGGUACAGUAAAGUCAAGAAAGCCGGAGCUCCCCCCGCACCGACCCGUUCGGCCCCUGGGGACACGACACCGACGGGCACCGCGGUGCCUUGGGACCCCAGCGGGGUGAUGGGCAAGUGCCUGCUGGCCAUCCUGCUGCUGGGGCUGGUGGCCGCCACCUUCCUGGUGAGCACGGGGGUGCUGGGGGCGCUGCUGUGGCGGCGGGCGCGGACGGGGCACCGCCGGCUCAGCCGCACCGAGAUGGUUUGUAUCUCGUCCCUCUUGGCCGACGCCGAGGCGGCCGCGGGGCCCCGGCCUGUCCCCGCCCGGCGGCACAAGCGGCUGCACGACGGCAGCGCCGAGCCCGACGGGGACAACCUGACUCUCAGCAGCUUCCUGCCGGAGCAGUCCUGA